AUGCCUCAAAAGCGCAAAUCUACAGCUGAGCCUCAGCGUCAAUCGAAAAGGCUGCAGAAAUCAGCUCCAUCAGACGAUGCGAGCUACACAGAUCAUGCGUCCGAUUCUGGAUCGGUUUCGUCUUAUUGCUUGAGUGAGAAUAGCAACGAAUAUAAUAAACAGUCCAAAACACCCAUUACACCCUUCUCCCCUGCCUCAUCCUUGAAGUAUCCAUCCGACCUCAAAACCCACCUCUGCCCGUACGACAAUUGCGGUAAAGCUUUCAAUCGACCGGCUCGAUUAGUAGAGCAUCUGAGAUCGCACACCAACGAACGGAUAUUCAGCUGUGAAUACGAUGGCUGCGACAAAUCCUUCCUUCGAGCGUCGCACCUUAACCACCAUGUCAAGAGUGCGCACACCAUGGUUCGAGAUUACGUGUGCGAUAGAGAAGGGUGUGGAAAGACGUUUGUGACGGGGUCUCGGCUACGGAGGCAUCUGGCCGCCCAUGAGGGACGGGACAAGUAUCGUUGCAUGGAGUAUCCGCCGUGCAACGAAACCUUCAGAAAACACUCGACACUUCAAAAGCAUGUGAUGAUGGUCCAUCUGAAUCAGAAACCCUUUCCCUGCCCGCACAGCGAUCCCGUAACCGGGGAUAAGUGCCGGCAAGGCUUUGAUACUGCUGGCCACCUCAAAGCUCACGAGAGCAGGAUCCACGGGGGUGCUCGGUUUUCCUGCAUGGAGUGCAUAAACUCGGUGGAUAGGACUGGCCCCACGUUAGCUGAAGAUUCAUCUCUUCACCGAGAAGCUACGUUCCCAACAUAUGCCCUGCUACAAGCCCAUUUAAGAGCGGCCCACCCACCUACAUGUCCGGAAUGUACGAUUACUUGUUCGUCUGCGAGGGAAUUACGGCGCCAUCUGGAAAUUGCACAUGGGAAUAUCUUCGUUGGGAGGAACGACGGAACUCACGCCCGUGCUUCUGGGGCGGGACAAGCUGCACGGAAAAAUAGCCAGCUUGACGAUGAUUUUCUGAUGCAGGAUGCACAUUCAUACCAGGAACGAUUCUCUAUCAUGGGGAUGGAGACUACUGGUGAAGGAACAAUGACAGAUUAUGAUGAUAUGAAUGGGUUAGAAGCCAUCGACCCUCUGUUGACUUAUGCUAUAGCGGAAUGA